AUGAGCUUCUACAACCCUCCUACACUCCAGCAGCUGGCCAUUAAGGGGCUGCUGAGGAAUGAAGCCUUGGUCAUCUCUUCUCUGGACUGCAUACCCAUUAUGCUCUUCCCACCACUCUUCGAGGAGGCCUUCAAAGGCAGACACACAAUGAUAUUGAAGGCAAUGGUGGCAGCCUGGCCCUUUCCCUACCUCUCUGUGGGAGUACUGAUGAAGACCCCUGAAGUGGAGACUUUGCAAGCUGUGCUGGAUGGCAUAGACAUGCUGCUGACCCAGAAGGCCCGUCUCAGAAGGCAGAAGCUUCAAGUGCUGGACUUAAGGAAUGUGCGCCAGGAUUUCUGGGAUGUGUGGGCUGGAAGAGAGAAUGGAGCCCACGCAGAAGAUUCUGGAAGAGAGAAGCAAGUAGUAAAGUCCCUUCAUACAUAUGCGCUGUGGCAGCCUUUGAAGUUGGUCACUGACCUGAGCCUCUGCUUCCAUCUGCAAGAACACCAAAUAUGUUUGAUCCAGUGGGCCCAGCAGAGAAGGGGCUCUGUACAUUUUUGCUGUGUGAAGAUGGAGAUCUCUGACUUCCCUGUGGAGACCAUCAGGGAGGUUCUAGACAUUUUUCGGCCACACUACAUUGAAGAAUUGGAAGUGUUUACCCGCAAGGUCCUGUCCUUCUUAGGUCAUUUUGCACCUUUCCUCAGCCAGAUGAGAAAUCUCCGCAAAUUCCGUCUAAGUCUCAAUGACUUGGUUAUGGACAGGGAAGCCUUAGAUAAGUGUCUUUACAAGUUCCUUACUCAGUUCUCCAAACUCAACUGUCUCCAGCAUCUCUCCCUGAAUGGUGUCUACUUUUCCACUGACAACAUGAAGCAGUUGUGCAGGUGUGUGAAGACCCCACUGGAAUCCUUGUCUAUCACUCAAUGUCCUCUCUCACAGUCACACUUUAAGCAAUUGUCCAGGUGUCCGAAACUCUAUCAACUGAAACAACUUGACCUCAGUGGUAUAUUGUUAUUCACGUCACAUCCCACAGGUCUCCAAGUCCUCCUGGAGAAUGUGGCAGACAGUCUGCAGACCCUGGAGUUAGAGCACUGCAGCUUGGAGGACUCUCACCUCAGUGUCCUCCUGCCUGCCCUGAGCCAGUGCUCCCAGCUCACCAGGGUCAAUUUCUGUGACAAUCCCUUCUCCAGGCCUGUACUGAAGGACCUUCUGCAAUGCAUGGCCACUCUAAACCAGCUGGCUGUAGAACUGUACCCUGCCCCAAUUGAGUGCUAUGAUCACCUGCGUAAUGUCCUCGUGGACAGAUUUGCACAACUGUGUCCUGAGCUUCUAGACAUAAUCAUUGCCAAAAGGCAGCCCAAGAAAAUAUCUUUUGCUACAACCAUCUGCCUUGAAUGCAGACAUCGUUGUGUCUAUGACAUGAAGACCAUACUUUGUCAAUGUUGGCAGUAA